GAUGUUGUAGCAAACUGCUGUGUAGGGUCAGUUUUGCACUGGUGCAUCAUGGGAGUUGAUCCUUUGACGUCACCAAGUAAUGGCUGUCAACAAGGACCAAACACUGAGGAGGUCGCGGGGGAGAUAGUCACGGUUUUCUCACAUUUCCAAGGAUUUCCACGUUUCUGGACGAUAACCAGGAAAUUGACAACAGAAUUUCUGCAACGUUGAAAAUGUUUCUACGACUGGAAACCCGCAGAACUUUCAUAUAGAUUGCGCCGGUUGUAAACGUGACGAACUGUCGCUGCGUCACGGACCAAACUUCUCAGGAAUUCACCAGGGGGAGAUCCACUCAGCGCCUUGUGCACGGAACUUUUCUUAAGGACGAUAAACGUCGCGCGGGAGAAAAUCUGCCGCCAUGAAUCGAUACCAGCUGAUGAAGCAGGUCGGAGACGGCACGUACGGUAGCGUACUGCUGGGGAAGAGCACCGAGACCGGGGAGAUGGUCGCUAUCAAAAAAAUGAAGAAGAAAUUUUACUCAUGGGAAGAAUGUAUGAAUCUUAGAGAAGUCAAGUCUUUGAAGAAACUGAAUCAUGCCAAUGUUAUAAAACUGAAGGAAGUUAUCCGGGAAAACGACACUCUCUAUUUCAUCUUUGAAUACAUGAAGGAAAACCUUUACCAGCUAAUGAAAGAUAGGGACAAGUUAUUCCCCGAGUCGGUGAUACGGAACAUCCUGUACCAGAUCACACAGGGGAUGGCCUUCAUGCACAAGCACGGCUUCUUCCACAGGGACAUGAAGCCUGAGAACUUGUUAUGUAUGGGACCUGAGCUCAUCAAAAUAGCAGACUUUGGACUGGCUAGAGAAAUCCGCUCCAGACCUCCGUACACAGACUACGUAUCAACAAGAUGGUACCGAGCACCAGAAGUAUUGCUUAGAUCCAGAAACUACAGCUCACCCAUCGACAUGUGGGCCAUCGGCUGCAUCAUGGCAGAGCUGUACACCCUGAGACCACUGUUCCCCGGGAGCAGUGAGGUCGACGAGAUCUUUAAAGUCUGCCAAGUUCUGGGCACGCCUAGCAAGUCUGAUUGGCCAGAGGGUCACCAGUUGGCAGCGGCAAUGAACUUCCGCUUCCCCCAGUGCGUCCCGACCAACCUGAAAACCCUCAUCCCUAACGCCAGCAAUGAGGCGAUCCAGCUCAUGAGAGACAUGCUACAUUGGGACCCUAAGAAGAGACCAACAGCAGCACAGUCUCUGAGAUACCCCUACUACCAAGUGGGGCAAAAUCUGGGACCCAAGAUGACCCCGCAGCAGCUCAUCGCCCAUCAAGGUGGUGUGUCCCCUGCUAAACAACCCCUAAAGGAAAUCCAACCUCAGCAACAACAACAACAACACCAUCACCAUGGCGCUGAUGUCACACUACCAGCAGUAGCCAAUCAGAAGCAGCCAGAACCGGUGGCCCCAAAGGCUGCUGGGAGGAAACGAUGGGGGGCGCAGCCAGCCGACAGUUUCGAUGAUUUAGAUGACGAGUUCGACUUUCUGUCAAGUUACUCCAAAAAGAAAAUGCUACAGCCUACAGUGAGGAAACCUGUCUAUAUGAAAGGAAAGCCCUCUGUUCACAAGAAGAAAGAGGACGACUCUACGACCGAACUGGACUCCAUUUUCGGGAGCGCCAAGCCCUCGGCGAUACACGUCAACACGAAGCAACAGCCGCCAGACUCUGGAAGGUCCACCACCAGGUCAUCCGCCAAGCAGCAUUACUUCAGACAGUCCAGAUACAUGCCAGGGAUGAACAGUACAAAGGGGAGUGCCAGCCAAGAAGCCAGCCUGUUUGGAAACAGCCCAUACCAGAAUAAGCCUUCUGUCACUGGCAUGAACGUCAACAGAACCAACUACAAUGCACUUGGUGAGCCCCUCAGUGCGUACGGCAGGGUCCCCUUCUUAGGUGGUGCAGGUUAUGGCCGAGACAGAACGUAUGAUGGUGGGUACAUACCAUCUUUCAGCAAGAAGGAGGUGGGGUCAGCUUCUCAAAGAGUGCAGCUGCCAAACAAUGCUGGGACAAAUUACAGCCAGUGGAAGACGGCUCGCGCCCAGCCAGGUACGUUCACCUACCAACCAACCAGGAAUCCUUCAGGGCUCCGACACGUCAACCCCAUCAGUGGGAGAACAGACUGGGCCGCCAAGUAUUGUAGAGGAAAAGCAACAUGAAAGCAUGAUGGCAUGAAUAAAGUCCGACAAGUUGUAUGGUGGUCAUCGGUAGCAGGACCUGGCUAGUCACCCUUCCCCCAUGACACAACUUAGUGCAGUACAAACAUGUAUCAUAAGCAGUCGUGUGAAAAACAUUUUAGCAAUUUCAUCAUAAAGGUAUCAUCUCAAUUCUUAAUUAAGCUAAGUUGUGAGAGUCCUCAACAUUUGUAGUUAAUGCAUAAAAUAAGUUGUUAUGCAAAAUGUGCUUCUCAAAAUGAUACCUAAAGGGAAAA